UGAAGUCGGAAGUGGCCAGGGUCUGCCCCACAAGUGGGUCGAACUCUUAGCAGCGCGCUCUCGCCAAAAGAUUUUGGCGGACUCCCGCAAUUCAUCUUUCAGCAACUCCAGACCAAAGUCACCAGCCGUCAAGAUGGGUCUCGCACAGCAAAAGAAUCGUUCCAAAAUUUCCAACGACCCUCAGAACAACCACUGGGCGAACAAUACGGAGCGUUUCGGUCACAAGAUUCUGGCCUCACAGGGAUGGAAGUCUGGCGACACUCUCGGCGCCAAAGAUGCCGCCCACGAAGCGCACUACACGCAAGCCUCGCAGUCACACAUUCGUGUGUUUCUGAAAGAUGACAAUUUGGGCCUGGGCGCGAAACGUGGAAGCGAGCGCGCAGAGAACUUUGGUCUCGCCGGUUUGGAGAGCAUCUUGGGACGUUUGAAUGGAAGAGAAGAAGAAGUCAAGAAAGAGGAGGCCAGGCGGGAGGAGAUCGAGAAGAGAGCGUACGUGUUUAGGAAGUUUGGCUCGAUGAACUUCAUCAGCGGCGGCUUCCUUGUCGGCGACAAGCUUGUGCCCAGGGCAGAAGUCAAGCUUGAGGGAACAGAGCCGAAAAUCAAAGAGGAGCCGGACAGCGACGACGGCGUGGGCAAGAAGCGCAAGCGAGAGGUGGCUGAUGCGACCGAAGAUGACACAAGCGAGCUAAAGCUGAAGCGUAAGAAGAAGAGCAUGGAUCUGCGUGACGAGGCAGACACGCAAGACAAAAAGAUCAAGAAGGAGAAGAAGGAGAAAAAGAAGGCGGAUAAAUCAAGCAAGAAGAUCAAAAAGGAGAAAGCUUCGUCCGACCCCGAGCCUAUGUCUGAUGACGCGCCCACACCUGCGUCCGACCCCGAACCCCUCACAGACAAGGCAAGACGAAAGGCAGAGAAGAAAGCCCGCAAGGAGGAGAAGAAGCUCAAGAAGGCGCUGAAGAAGGCAGCAAAGGCGGCCAAGAAGUCCAAGGACAGCGCCGACGAUUCCAGCUCAGAGAGCGAUGAUGAUGACACAACUCCCAGCUCCUCGGUACCAGCGACGGGCGCUUCCACGCCUAGCUUUGUACCGAGAGGUGUGCAGAUGGCCAGACACAGGCACAUCAUGAUGAAGAAGCGCGCAAGCAUGGAUCCGCAGGCACUGAAAGAGAUUUUUAUGAUCAAGACUCCAGUAGCGUAGUCAUUCUAAGACGAUUGCUUUCAUCAUGUGCAUAAGCGAGGAGUUUCGGGGUGUUUGUUUGUUGCAUGAGGAUUAGGAAGCUUUUAUUUGUUAUAUACCGACAUAUUGAUAGGCGGUUGAAAGCACCGAAGGCAAGCCACUAUCGGGACGUUCAAGCGAAACCAUCGGCACAUUUUG